AUGCUUGCCUUCGCCCCCACCUCCUCGUUCGCCACGGCGAAGCCGUCCCUGGCGACGUCGUUCACGUCUGCCCCGGUCUGCCACCGCCGCGCCGCCACGCACACCGCCCCGACCAUGAUCCUACGCACGAGCCUGCGCAAGCCGGUGGGCAGCUCCUCCGCCUUCGUGGGCAUGGCCUCUGGCUUUGGCGGCGCGGCCGCCAUCCUGUCCAAGGCCGACACCUACAUGGCCCAGUCCAUCCUCAUGCAGUACUACAAGGUCGCCAACCCGGCCGGCGUCUACGGCGUCCAGUGCACCGAGGGCGGCUCCAAGCACAUGGCCGACUUCUCGCGCAUCCGCGCCCUCAACGCCCGCUUCCGCGCGCGCCAGGCCUCCAAGGCACAGGCCUACGCCCGCUUGUUCGAAAACAGGAAGAUGGCCAUCGUCAGCUCGCACGAAUGCCACCACGAGGAGACCCAGUUUUCGCAGUACGCAAACGUCGCCGCUAGCUACAACGUCUCCAGGGCAGAGGCCCUCGGAUCGUGCUCGCGCUACGCCACCCCGGAGACCGUCGAAGAGGCCGCCCUGCUGCGCUUCAUGGACAUUCAGCAGACCACCGCCGCAAACCCCUCGGGCGUGUAUAACGUCGCGUGCAACGAGGGCGCCGCAAAGUUCCAGGCGGAGGAUUGCCGUGUCGCCGCCCUCAAUGCCGCCUACCGCAACGGCCAGAAGUCUGCCGGAAAGCUUCUCCAGGAGAAGUAUGACCAGCGCAAGAAGGGCUAUGCCGCCACCCACGGAUGCAACUAUGAGGAGGGGCUUGUCAAUAACUACCCCGCUCUUGGCGCCACCUUCCGUCCCAAGACCUAUGGCUACUAGCCGCGUCGCUUGGCCAUGUUUCCGCGUCCAUCACCCGCUAAUGCAUCACCUGCUUUGUCCUUGCUUUAAUUUUGUGUAGAUGCUCGCACUACGAGUCGAUCAUCUUUGCUUCAGCCUCUUCCAUUUCGCAUAGCCUGUGAGGACCAGUAAAACAUGCCUGCGUGACAAUAUGGAAA